AUGGCCAACGUCGAUAUCCAUCCAAGCUCCAACUCACCAUAUGAAAAGCAUACCCAUGCCGAAGACUAUGAUCAUGAGCGAAACCUGUCCAAUCGCCAUAUGUCCGUUGGCAAAUAUGCGGCGACCAGAAUCACAACUUUGAAGCCUCCCAUGGCUAAGGCUCCGAACCCUUUCACUCUACUUGCCAUGCUCAAUAAACAACAAUGGCUCUUCUUCCUCGUCGCAUUCUUCGCCUGGUCAUGGGACGCAUUUGAUUUCUUCACCGUGUCGCUCACAGUGACUGAUCUGGCUGAGGACUUUGGAAAGACCAAUACCGAUAUCACAUGGGGAAUUACUCUGGUAUUGAUGUUCCGUUCCGUAGGCUCGACAAUCUUUGGUAUUGCCGCAGACAGAUAUGGACGAAAAUGGCCUUUCAUCAUCAACAAUCUUCUCUUCAUUGUCCUUGAGCUAGGCACCGGCUUCUGCCAGACCUACAAGCAAUUCCUGGCAGUGCGCGCCUUGUUUGGUAUUGCCAUGGGCGGACUCUACGGCAACGCAGCUGCCACAGCUUUGGAAGAUUGCCCCGAAGCGGCUCGUGGUAUCAUUUCGGGAAUGCUCCAACAGGGCUACGCUUUUGGCUAUCUCCUUGCGACGGCAUUUGCACGAGGCCUCGUAAACACGACUUCCCACGGAUGGAGACCACUUUUCUGGUUCGGGGCUGGUCCUCCAGUUCUCAUCAUCCUCUUCCGACUUUGCUUGCCGGAGACCAAUACCUUCCGUGCUCGUCAAGCUAUCCGUGAGCAGCAGGGUAGUCUUGCUGGUACAUUCAUCUCCGAAGGCCGUGUUGCGCUGAAGCGACACUGGUUGCUUCUCAUCUACAUGGUGCUUUUGAUGGCCGGUUUCAACUUCAUGUCUCAUGGAUCUCAAGAUCUUUACCCAACCAUGUUGACGAACCAAUUCAAAUUCUCCCCCAACGCAGUGACAGUGACCCAAGUCGUAGCCAACCUCGGAGCCAUGACGGGCGGAACCACGAUCGGAUACUGCUCUCAGAUCUUCGGUCGCCGCUUCAGCAUCAUUGUCAUCUGCAUACUGGGCGGCGCACUACUCUACCCCUACACAUUCACGAGCUCCAAAGCUGUCAUCGCCGCGGCGUUCUUCGAACAAUUCUGCGUCCAAGGCGCCUGGGGUGUGAUCCCCAUCCAUCUGAUGGAAUUAUCUCCGGGCUCUCUGCGCACCUUCGUGGUCGGCACAUCCUACCAGCUGGGCAACCUCGCGUCGUCGGCAUCCUCGACCAUCGAGUCCGAGCUCGGGUCGAACUGGCCACUCGAGCCACUGCACAAGAAUGGAAAAACGAUCAAACGAUACAACUACGGCAAGGUCAUUUGCAUCUUCAUGGGCGCCGUGUACGCCUACGUCAUCUUGCUGACGUUUGUGGGCCCCGAGAAGCGAGGCCGCAGCUUGGAUGUUCAAGAUGAUGCCGAUAUGGCUGAGGUGACGCACCGCGAUCUGAGAAAUCAGGGUGACGUCGCUCAUGGCCAUGGUCAUGGCGAGAGUAGCGAGGACGAGAAGGUCGUCAAGCGCGAGGACGAACGUGUUUGA